UUCUUUAAUAUAGAUAGUUUCCAGAAUAAUCAAACUAGCUUGUUAUAAAAGCAUACAACAAUAUCACAUUAGAUUCGUUACCAUUUUACGUAAUUGCUGACAUUGAUAUGCUGCUUGAUCUGAUGCAAGCGUAGAUAACUAUCCUGAAUGCUCUGUGUAUCUCAGCUUAAAGAGAGUUUGUUAGAAAUUCUCCAUAGAUGUGAAAUUUAAUCAGAAAGUUUGGUGCUAAUGGGGCCAAAGACUGUUAGAAAGUUGGCCUCAUGAGUGAAUGAUUAAAGCUAGGUAUCCAAAAUUUUAUGUGAGGUGGCUCCGGAGCAGAAAGUUCUGCACCUGAUAAGUUUUCUGCUGCUGAUAAAUUGUUGCAUUGAAGCUGGUUUCCCUCAAAUCAAGCGCCAAGCACAUGGAGGACCCCAGCGGCUUCAGCUCUCCGAAGUGCACCAAAUAUGCUGCGAACCGCAGCUCAAAUGGAAGAAAAUCUGCGAAGGGUGCCCAGUUACAGCCUUACAAACUCCAAACCGAGCAGCAAGGACAAGCUAAAGAGCAUGGUUUUGUUCGAAAAGCGCAAGAGUUUGCUGCUGAAGACGUUACACAUCGGAUUCCGAUUGCGCAGAGCCUGCCAAUAACUACUGAGAAAGCUCAUAUUCUGGAGAAACUCUCAGCAAAGGAGCAAACGAAGCCACACAGCUUUAGGCUUCAUACUGAAGAGAGAGCGGCAAGACGUGCUGGAUUCAACAAUAUGGUUGCUAGCAAGAUUAGUUCGUUGGAGAUUUUGAGGCGGUUUGAAGAGAAAAUUCAGAAGGUUAUAGAAGAAGAGGAGAUAAAGAUUAUGAGGAAAGAUAUGGUACCAAAAGCUCAGUUGAUGCCUAUAUUUGACAGGCCAUUCCUUCCCAAAAGGUCGAGAAGACCACUAACAGUUCCAAAAGAGCCAAAUUUUCGUUUGCUUAGUAAAAAUUGCGGGGAUGCCCAAGAUGCUUACACUGUCUAUCAGUAUUUCAGCCAAAAUUUGAAGGCCAUUAGAUGAU